AUGGAUUCAAGCCAGAUGUUCAGAUUCUUGGAUUUGCCAGGGGAAAUUCGGAAUCGUAUAUACGAGGUUGUUGCAGAAACAAGUACACAGACAUUCCCAGACACAUAUCCAAAGUCAAUGUCGUCUCGGCGCAGGGGCCUACGACCCGAUCACGAAGUCCGGCGACCUCCUCACAAACCGUUCCCAUUCAUCGGCCUGACACAAACUUGUACACUUAUCAGAAAGGAGUUCCGCCCGCUCUGGUUAUCGACGCACCGCUUCCCUUUGUUUGCCCUAGGUGGAUACUUCAAAGCGUUUUUCCCCCCUCCGCUCCGGGCAAACCAGGCAAGCGAUCAAAUCAGACAACGCGUUGCACGCUAUUACCACCCCGGGGGUAGUUUGAGGAUUUGGCUGAACAUAGACUCACUGGCCGAUGUGGACAUACUCCCAGUGAUCAAAUUUCACCUGCGCUUUCCCAUGUACACGUUCAAUCUUAUUUCAGUACAUCCCAAAGUCACUGCAGAAGACCGAAACUCUAUAUCAACACUCAUCUACAACCCCAACGUAACUUGGGUUCGAUAUAUCAAGCAGCACAUCAUUACGCAAGUGCGACUACAAAUUGUGAACUACAUACAGGGCACGGAGAUUGUACGGAUUGUCCUCAGAGAGAGCCAGGUGCCUGAUUGGAUGAAGGGGACUUGGGGGCAUAAUGAUGACCAUGCCACGACAUAUAGAGAAAGUUUGGGAUUAGAGGAGUUAAAAUGGGCCAUACGAUUUGGUACCGAUUACUCAUGA